UAAUCUUACUGCAUGGAGUUUGCAUGUUCUCCCUGUGCAUGCAUGGGUUUUCUCCGGGUACUCCGGCUUCCUCCCACAGUCCAAAAAUAUGCUGAGGUUAACUGAUUACUCUAAAUUGCCCGUAGGUGUGAAUGUGAGCGUGAUUGUGUGUCUGUAUAUGUAGCCCUGCGACAGACUGGCGACCUGUCCAGGGUGUCCCCUGCCUUCGCUCGAGUCAGCUGGGAUAGACUCCAGCACCCCUGUGACCCUAGUGAGGAUAAAGCGGUGUAUAGAGAAUGGAUGGAUGUUCUAUGUGUAAGAGAUAAAUUAAUGAUCUCCACUUAUUUUAGCGUCAGCUGGAAAGCAAAAACACACUUUUUUUUAAAAAUUUACUUGUAAAUAAAUUCAGGCAUCAAGGGCUUAAUGAUUAGUGCUGUUGUACUUUUCUCUAAAAUACUGUUUGAGGGUCGACAUUUGUUCUGAUCUCUAAUGGUGAUUCUUGUUUUGUUUCAUUUGCAGUGACAUAAGAAAUGGAUCAUAAAUUGAUUGUGAUUUUCCUCUUCUUUGGAUUUGGCCUGACUUCCGCCUCUCACAUCAUCCUUCAUGAGUACCACUAUGUCAACUUGAAAAUGAACUGGACCAAUGCUCAGCAAUACUGCAGAGUAAAAUACAGUGAUCUGGCCACCAUUGAAAGCAUGGAUGGCAUAAGCAGGUUAAACAGACGUGCUUUGGAAACCUCACCAGCAUGGAUCGGACUGACAGAUGAUCCGAAAUCCUGGAGGGGAACUAUGGGCAAUGAUGCAAACUCCUGGAGAUGGACAGCGACUGAUGAAACAAGCAGAACUGGUUUCCAUGACUGGGCCCCAGGUCAGCCAGAUAAUAAUGGAGGGAAGGAGAACUGUGGGUAUGUGACAAGGACAGGAAAGUGGGCUGACAAUGAGUGUGUCCUUCGGCGACGUUUCAUUUGUUACCAAGAUACAAAUCCUCCAGGUCAGAAAACGUAUACUCUCAGCCCCACGUCAAUGAAAUGGAGUGAUGCUUUGGCUUACUGCAGAAAACACUACAAAGACAUGGCUAUGAUGGAGAAUGAUCAGGAGAACACACAGAUGUUGUCAGUCGCAUUAAACCUUGAUGUGUGGAUAGGUUUGUACCGAGAAUCAUGGAGGUGGUCCGACAACAGCAGCAGCAGGUUCAGAAACUGGGCGUCUCAUGAGCCAAAUAACAAGGGUGAUGAGCACUGUUCAGUUGACAUGAUAAAUCAUCUUUGGGCUGAUAUCUCCUGUUCUUGGAAGUUGCCCUUCUGGUGCCAAGGAGCCCCAAAAAUGAAGACCAUUGUGAAGAUGAAGAUUCAGAGUGAUGCUGACCUUUCUGAUCCACAUGCACACAUGCAGAUCCUAGAUCAGAUUGAUGCAAUGAUGAGGGCACAGGGACUGACUGAUUUCAAGCUGCGAUGGAAGAUUCCACCCAGAAAAGAGGAAAAGGAGGAGGAAGAGGAGGAGGAGGACAAAAACGAAGACACUUGCCACGGGCCUUAAUAAAUCAUGGAUAAAGUACUGCAGCAGUGCAGUAAAAUGAAGUAAAGAUAGAAACAUUAUUGUAGUUUUCAUUUAAAUAUCAUUUACAGAAUUGAAUGAGUAUACCUUAUAGUAGAUGAUGUAUUUAAAGUGUGAUGAAAGUAAAAACAGUUUUUUGCAAGACUGACCUACCGUAUCAUAUUACAACCAUAUUUAGUUUGUGUUUAUUUAAUAUAUUUAAGAAGGAGCAGUUUGUUAGAAAGAUGUAAAUGUGAACGUUCAAGACACUGUAAUUCAGCUUCAAGUCAGUGAGGUGUUUGUAAUCAGACCUCGAGUUGAAUCAACUUUCAAAGUAAGGAUGUGCAAG